AUGUCGGAAGGAAUUUGGGGGGGUCAAUCUGAGGCGCUGACGUACGGGUCUGAUCCUUUUAAUCUGGGGCCACUUAUAUUUGGGCAACUUGUUAAUUCUAACACAGGUGGUGUAGGCUCUAGGAGCAAAAGGGGGAGAGAGGAAAAUGAGAAUGGCAAUAUGGAUAAAAGGAGGUGUGCUGGUAUUCGGUUGGUGUCAGCUUGUGGAGGGAUAGGCAGUAUGGGAUCUCGAAGGGAGAUAACUUUUGACGAUACUCUAAUUCAAGAAGCGUAA